AUGAAACUUCCUCUCGUCUUCAUUGCUGUCCUUACUGCCGGUCUCUCUAAUGCCCAGCUUGGAAAUAUUCCUCGCUGUUCUGUGAACUGCUUUGUCAAUGCUCUUUCUAAAGAUGGAUGCUCUGAGUUGACCGACUUUUCGUGCCACUGCCAGAAGACUGGGCUUGUUGAGACUGUCACUCCUUGUGUGCGCGACGCCUGCGAUCAAUCAGACCAAGUCGCUGUCUCAAGUGCUGUUGUCCAGCAGUGUUCCCAAGCUGGCCACCCCAUCUCUGUCCCACCUGUGACUACCGGGCCCAAGCAGACGUCUGGCCCUACCUCGACAGCUGGAUCUACAACUUCAGGGGGUAUGGGUCUUCCUACAGCUUGCUCGUCGAGUCCUGGCUCUUCUUCGCAUGUCCCUUCUUCUUCUCCAGCUUCAUCCUCGGCCAGUCACUCGCCAACUAGUUCUCGUUCUCAGCCGCCCGCAAGUUCCUCUGCUCUUUCGACCGGCGCGGCUUCACAUAAUAAGGACAACAUGGUUGGCGCGGUUGUUGCUGCCGCUGCAGCUGUUUGCAUGCUAUAA